AUGGCAAACAUUGAAGCUGUGGAUGAAGCAACUCAAAGGCAGGAAGGGAAUGGUUCCCAAGAGAAUAGGAUCGAACGUUUGGCAAGAGAGAUUUCUAUAAGUCUAGAAACUCCACGCCCUCCUUUGACAUUCAACUGUUGUAUCUACAAAACUCCGGAUGUUAUUCGCAAACAAAACAAAGCAGCCUACUCUCCUAAUGUUGUCUCAAUUGGGCCAUAUCACCAUGGAAAAAGUAAAUUGGAAUAUAUGGAAAAGUUCAAAUCGACAUAUGUCAAGAAUUUCCUUGAAAGAGUUCGUAAUGUUGGGUUGUUGGAGGAUUAUCUGAGAACCCUGACAGGAUUGGAAGACAGAAUAAGAAAAUGUUAUGCGGAGCAAGUUAAAAUGAGCAGUGGCAAGUUCUUGAGGAUGAUUAUAACCGAUUCGUGCUUCAUAUUUGAGUACUUUCUUCGGUUAGAUUCGAAUCAGCAGUGGGCAGUUGAAGAUCAUGUAUUACUAAAACCAUGGUUGGUAGGAGCCAUAUACGUCGACCUGAUAUUACUUGAGAAUCAAAUUCCAUUCUUUGUUUUGAAACAACUGUACGACAUGGCAUUUCCUGAAGGGUCAGGAAUUCCCUUUACGGAUCUUACCUCGAGCUUUUUUAAUGAUCUGAAAGUGAACGUGUUAGAACAUAAUGCCGAAGUAGUGACCGAACGAGUGGAGCACUUCACUCAUCUAAUAAGAGAGUUUUUCUUGCCACCAACUGACGAGAGACUCGAGUGGGAAACAAGUAGCCAGAUAGUGGAACAUUUGCCCAGUGCUAGUCAGCUGCAUGAAAUAGGGUUAAAGUUUAGGGCAGUGAGAGGGAACGGCUCAAUUCACUUACGCUUUGGAAAUGGUCAGUUGGAAAUGGCACCCUUUAAAGUAUAUGAUGACAUAGAAAUACACAUUAGAAAUGUGAUGGCAUUUGAACAAUGCCACUAUGCUGACAAUCAUUAUGUGAGUCAGUAUAUGUUUUUAUUAGAUUUCCUUAUAAACACUGCUAAAGAUGUGGAAUUGCUGGUGGACAAAGGCAUUAUCACUAAUGCGCUAGGCGACUCCAAGGCAGUAGCUACAAUGGUGAACAGCCUCAGAAAAAAUAUCAUAACACCAGGUGUACACUCUCAUUACCAUGAAGUUUGUUGUCAAGUAAAUAAAUUUUAUCGUAGCAGGUACCACAGAUGGUGCACAAAUUUGAGACGUGACUACUGUGGCACCCCAUGGAAAAUUGUUGGUUCUGCUGCCGCCGUGUUACUCAUUGUCUUCACUUUUGUUCAAAUGCCAUCACAUUAG